CUAGAGACACAGGGUCAGCCUUUCUUCUUCAACCUCUCUGACGAAAACCCUAGAGGUGCUUCUCGAAGCUUGUCUUCAUAUUAGAAAAAUUCGAUUUAUUUCCAUCGUCAACCUUUCUGCAGUUCCGUUUAUAUUAUUGUAUCGAAGGCUUAAAAGAGUUUGAUAAAUCACGUCGAUUAUAUUCAGCUAUGGCAGCUAAGAUUCUUGCCAACUUAAUUGUAAUGGGAUCUGGCAUUUUGGCUCGGGCUUUUGUUCAAGCCUACCGUCAAGCACUUGCAAAUGCCUCAAAAUCUGGUGUUGCCCAAGAGACAAUUCAAAACACUAUCCGUAAGGGAAGCAAAGUCAUGACAGAACAAGAGGCACGACAGAUUCUUGGUGUAACUGAGGAAACUGCUUGGGAGGAGAUAGUAAAGAAAUAUGACACUUUAUUUGAGAGAAAUGCCAAGAAUGGAAGCUUUUACCUUCAGUCAAAGGUUCACAGGGCUAAGGAAUGUUUAGAGGCUGUACAUCGAGGAAAAGGCGAGGGUACACCUAGCUGAGAAUUUUUUUAAGGCCCUUCUGUUGCACAUACUGACCUCCUGUAUUAUUAUUUUGAUCCAAUGAAAUAUCCUAAAAGGUUUGAAAAGAAAUGUGAUCUUACGACCUGCCAUUUAUGGAAAAUUAACCUAGUGAUUGCUAAGUGAUCUCAAAUAAUUUGCACUGUCAAAGCCAUAGGUGUUUGCCUUUAUUUUAUCGAGUGAUGAAAUUGUGUAGAUGUAAAAAGCAUUUGUCUAAUCAUUCUGUAUGUGCACUCUUGUUUAGUGCUUAAUAUGCAUAGGAGUGAUCAUUUGAUCACAAUUACAAAA